AUGAAACAUUUUCUUGCUUUUUUGUCUCUCCUUGAAUUACAUGCCCUGGCUCAACACACUGUCUCUGCCUCAGACUUUCACUUGGAUGGAGAUUAUGUGAUAGGUGGACUUAUUGAUAUUCAUCAUGUCAGCACCCCUGCUACUAAUGAUAGACCAGAAUCCAUCAACUGCUCCAGUCAACCCUUCCUUUUGAGAAGCUAUCGGAGCUUUCAGUUGAUGAGAUUCUCUGUAGAGGAAAUAAAUAACUCUACUGACCUACUGCCAAAUGUAUCUCUCGGCUACGAGAUAUUUGACCACUGCUCAGAGACACAGAAUUUCCCAGGAAUUUUGAAUCUCAUCUCAGUCAAUGGCUUGGUCCAACCUUGGAGUGAACCAAACAUGAAUCUGUCCAGACUGAUAGCAGUGCUCAUCUCUUCUAGAAGCACGGAAACAAUGAGUGUAGCCUCGAUCUUCAUGGCAUAUCUUAUUCCUGUGGUCAGUUAUGGAGCUACUGAAUCUGCCAUUUCAGGGAAACCUACAUUUUCAUCUUUCCUGCAAACAGUGCAUCCCAAUGCAGCACUCAUUGAAGUGAUUUUUAACAUUGUACAGCACUUCAGCUGGCACUGGAUUGCUUUCCUCAUCAGUGAUAAUGACCUUGGCAAAAAUGGCUUGAAUUUGUUCAAAAAGAGGAUUAAAGAUACUGAGAUCUGCCUGGGCUACACCCAAAAGCUCAAUGACAAAACAAUUUACUCUGAUGUGCUCCAAAAGAUAGAAUCACAGGGGACAAAUAUCAUUAUUGUUUUUGCUAAUGAAAUGACAGCUGAAGCUCUCAUUGAAUCAGCAAUAAAACUGAAUAUCACUGACAAGGUGUGGAUAGCAGGGGAUACCUGGUCCUUAGAUGAGAAGCUCCGCAUGAAGAAAGGAAUUGAAAAUAUUGGAACUGUACUUGGGGUUUCUCAGCCUGCAGUGACAAUAAAUGGUUUCAGAGAUUUCAUCUAUACUUCCAAAAGCCAUAAUCACUUUGACAAUGCAGAACAGCAGAAAAGUUGUAAUCAGGUUUGCAACUGCAAUGGUGUGAGUGCAGAAGAUAUCCUUGCUGUGGAUUCAUCUGUCUCUUUUCCUAUUUAUUCUGCCGUAUAUGCCAUCGCUCAUGCCUUACACAAGACUUUGCAAUGUGACCUUGGUAAAUGUAACACCAAUAUGACAGUCUACCCAUAUAUGGUCCUCAAAGAGCUGAGGAACACAAACUUUACGCUUUUAAACCAGAGUAUUCAGUUUGAUGAGGAUGGUAAUCCCCUCUUUGGAUCCUACUCAGUAGUUUUCUGGAACCACAGUGGUGGUGCACAGGAAAUCGGCUUUUGUAAUGUUCACUCAUCAGUUGACUGUUUCAUCAAUGGCACUGAAAUUCAGUGGUACACCGAGGGAAAUGUGCCUACUUCACUAUGUUCCGAGGAUUGUCCCAUAGGAUACAUAAGAGAUAAAAGCGACAAAUGCUGCUUCACUUGUGACAUCUGUCCAAAUGGAACCUAUGUAAAUGAAACAGAGGAUCCCUACAAGUGCAACAACUGUAAGGAGACAGAAUGGUCUGAAGAAGGCAGUACAUCGUGCAGUCUGCGGUCGGUGGAGUACAUUCCCUUCACAGCCAUGGAGUCUGUCCUGAUCAUGGUUUGGACCUGUGUCUUGGUAGGCCUCAUACUAGCUAUGGCUGUUCUCUUUGCCAUCAACUACAACACCCCUGUUGUCAGAUCUGCUGGGGGACCAAUGUGCUUCCUAAUUUUAGGCUGCCUUAAUUUAUGCAGUGUUAGUGUGUUCUUUUACUUUGGUAAGCCAACAACUUCAUUUUGUAUCCUAAGGUUCUUUCCGUUUAUCUUGUUCUAUACUGUCUGUCUAGCAUGUUUUGUUGUGCGCUCUUUUCAAAUUGUUUGCAUUUUCAAAAUGUCCAACAAGUUCCCACAGUUCUACAGAUGGUGGAUGAAAUAUAACGGACAAUGGCUGGUCAUCGCUGGGGCAUUUGUUACUCAGGCACUCUUUCUUCUUAUUGGCUAUAGUUAUGCACCCCCAGGGCCCUACAAUGAAACACUGUGGUACCCAAAUGAAAUCAUACUUUCUUGUGACAUUAAUAUUAAUGAAACUGCAAGUUCUAUGAUUUUACUUUCUUGUUUGUGCUCCCUUUGCUUUAUUUUUUCCUACAUGGGGAAAGACCUCCCCAAAAAUUACAAUGAAGCCAAAGCAAUAACCUUCUGCCUGCUCCUCCUGAUCAUCACCUGGAUCAUCUUUGCUGCUGUGUACAUGCUUUACCGUGGCAAGCACAUUCAAACUAUUAAUGCUCUGGCAGUACUCUCCAGUCUUUACUCCUUUCUCUUUUGGUAUUUCCUUCCAAAAUGUUACAUCAUCAUUUUUCAACCCCACAAGAACACACAGCAGUACUUCCAAGGUCUCAUUCAGAAUUACACCAAAACAAUUAGCCAGUAG